GUGUUAUAUCGAGCCGCUGCUACAGUAUCAUGUGGAUACUGUCAGUGAGGAUGUGGAGCUGACAGACGCGAGAUCUCAGCAGGUCACAGCACAGGUACACCGCUGCACUUGCACGUAAACCUGUCGUCCUCAUCCGUCUAUCCUUUUGUUGCUCUGCAGGGGACAAAAAACGGGUCCGUGUUUCCGUCAGCAGACUGAGUAAUGGGUCUCCUGGUGCAGCUCCGGCUUCUGCUCUGGAAGAACUUCACUUUGCGCAAGAGACAGAAGUUGCGAUUGAUAAUCGAGCUAAUAUGGCCUCUGUUCCUGUUUUUCAUCCUGGUGUGGGUGAGAUCCACCACUCUGCCUGUCUACAAAGGCCAGUGCCAUUACCCCAACAAGCCGAUGCCCUCUGCUGGGUUGUUACCAUGGUUACAGGGCAUGUUCUGCAACAUCCAGAAUCCUUGCAUCGCUGAGCCAACACCUGGAGAGAGCCCCGGUCAGGUCAACAACUUCAACGACUCCAUCAUCUCCAAGGCGUUAACAGAAGUUCAGUCGGUCUUAGCCGACUCCUCUCUGCUGUCUAACAUCAAACUUCUCUCUGACGAUAUCAACAAAUGGACUCCUAUUCUUGAGAAUUUUAAUACAGCCAAAGGUCGCUCAAUACCUAUACGCAGUGUUUUGAGAGAUAACGAGACGCUCUCCGAGUACCUGAAGAGCAACCUGUCAGUAUCAAGUGCAUCCGCCCAGAGGCUUCUGAGUGUGGGACUCCAACUCAAUCAGUUACCUGCUCUCUCACGCCAGACGGACUUGCGCUCCACACUGUGUAACUCUUCUGUCGACCGUUUCCUGGAGUUUAACUCGACGAGUCAGAAGCAGGAGUUCCAGAACUUCACGUGCUCCCUGACGCCCAAUCAGCUCCUUCAGACCAGAGCGGUUCUCCUCCAAAAUCUGGACAACAGGAAGCUCCUGGCUGCUGUGCCUUCAGCACUGAAUUUGAACCCUGCAGAUUUUGUCACUCUGUUGGCCAGGACCAGUUCCCAUGUAGCCCCUCUAGCAAAUCAGGUGUCUAAAAUUCCUACGUCAACCAUCCUCAAUGCCAUGAACUCCCUAGACUUCCGCUCAAAUCCCUUUGGCAGUUUGACUAUGUUCAUGUGUGGUGGGAAUUCAAGCUCAAAUAGCAGCAGUGCAAAGCCAGCCUUCCGACUGCCACCGCAAGCCACGCUGUCGCUAAGCUUAAACUCGUCCCAAGGCAACUCAAGUGAAUUUUGUGAGAAUUUGAUUGGCACUUUGAAAGGCACAUCAGCCCUGCGUCUAUUCUGGGCCAGUCUCCGCCCACUUCUUCUGGGACGAAUCGUCUACACCCCGGACACGCCCUUUACACGGAAGGUUAUGGCACAGGCCAACAACACCUUCGACGCUCUGGCUAAAAUCGGUGAACUGGCUGAGAACUGGCUGGAAAAUGAAGACGAGAUCUGGACCUUUUUCCACAACAGCACACAAAUCAACACGCUCCGGGCUCUGCUGCAAAACCCAAUCUUCUCAGCAGCGCUUGAUCAGAGCCUAAAUGGAAGCAGGUUGUCUUCAAAAAUAAUCGCUAAUUUUCUGUUUAACGGCGAAGAAAAGGAUCGGCCUGCAGGGAUGCCAGCUUUCGACUGGAGAAACGUCUUCAACACCACCAGUCAGGUUGCGAGACUCAUAAAGCAGGUCAUGGGGUGCUUCGAUCUGGACAAGUUCGAGGCCAUGGACAGCGAGAGACUGUUGGUGGAACGCUCUCUCAAGCUGCUGGACCAGGAGAAGUUUUGGGCUGGAGUUGUUUUUACAGAUGUUGAUGCGGGCAGCCCGUCACUCGUCAGAUACAAGAUCCGCAUGGACGUCGAGGACACCGAGAGGACGGAUAAGAUUAAGGACAGGUCCUGGGCUCCAUCAGCUCGUGAUAACCCCUUUAACGACCUGCGCUAUGUGAGAGGAGGCUUUGUGUAUCUGCAGGACAUGCUGGACCGUGCUAUCAUCCAGACGCAGACUGGUGUCGCGCAAACUCUGGGCGUCUACUUGCAGCAGAUGCCCUAUCCGUGCUACGUAGAUGACGCGUUCCUCCGCUCAUUAUCACGCUCCUUGCCCAUGUACAUGACAUUAGCAUGGAUCUACUCUGUAGCGCUCAUAGUGAAAGGGGUGGUGCAUGAAAAGGAAGCCCGUCUAAAGGAGACGAUUCGAACGAUGGGCCUGAAGUACAGCAUCUACUGGCUGAGCUGGAGCAUUAGCAGCUUCAUCCCUCUCUGCAUCAGUGCCUUCCUUCUCACAGCCAUCCUCAAGUUCGGGAAGGUUUUGACAUAUAGCGACCCCUCUGUGAUCUUCGUGUUCCUGCUGGUGUUUUGCAUAGCCACAGUCAUGCAGUGCUUCUUCAUCAGUGUCUUUUUCUCACGAGCAAAUCUGGCUGCUGCCUGCGGUGGACUUAUCUACUUCCUCCUCUACCUGCCCCAUGUGCUCUGUUACGCCUGGAGAGACGUCAUGACCUUCAAAAUCAAGCUCGCCACGAGCCUGUUGUCAUGUGUGGCGUUCGGGUAUGGCUGUGAGAAUUUUGCACGGUAUGAGGAACAAGGCAUUGGCAUUCAGUGGAAGAACAUCAUGCUCAGCUCUCAGGAUGACGACUCUUACACCUUCUUCAUCUCUAUCAUCAUGAUGCUGGUUGACGCUUUGCUCUACUGGUUACUCACAUGGUACAUUGAAAACGUCUUCCCAGGGCAGUAUGGAGUUCCCAAGCCUUGGUAUUUCCCUUUUACCUCCUCAUACUGGUGUGGGACUCCAGCAGGGGCGGACAUGGAUCCUCUUGAUGCAUUAGAGGAGCAAAAUGGAUACCUGGAAAAACCUCCAGCUAGUCUAAAAGCAGGUGUGUCUAUAAGGAACCUGGUGAAGGUGUAUAAAACAGGAAAGAAACUGGCUGUGGAUAAACUCAGUCUGGACUUCUACCAGGACCAGAUCACGUCAUUCUUGGGACACAAUGGUGCAGGAAAAACCACUACUAUGUCGAUCCUGACCGGCCUGUUCUCCCCGACGUCUGGCACAGCUUACGUUAACGGCUUCGACAUUCGCAAGGACAUGGACAGUAUACGCAAGACGCUUGGCAUGUGCCCACAACACAAUGUCUUAUUCAACGAACUCACUGUGGAGGAGCACAUUUAUUUCUAUGGCCGUCUCAAGGGGAGAAGCUCAGAGGAAGUCAAACAGGAAAUAGAUCAAAUGAUCAAAGACGUCGGGCUGCCGCACAAGCGCAAGGAUCUCGCCAAGAACCUUUCAGGUGGCAUGCAGAGGAAGUUGUCGGUCGCCAUAGCGUUUGUGGGCGGGUCCGACGUGGUGAUUCUGGACGAGCCGACAGCAGGGGUGGACCCUUAUGCCAGGAGAGGAAUCUGGGAACUGCUGCUAAAAUACAAAAAGGGCCGUACCAUCAUUCUGUCCACGCAUCACAUGGACGAGGCGGACAUUUUGGGUGAUCGCAUCGCCAUCAUCUCCCAUGGCAAGGUCUGCUGCUGUGGUUCAUCUCUUUUCCUGAAGAAGACCUAUGGCAGAGGUUAUUACCUGACUCUUGCACGGGCCAAUCAGGACAUGAUGACAACGCAGCGCCACAUAGGGGGCAAACAGCUCAGCGAUGCCUCCAGUUUGGAUGAAGGGCUCGGUUCAGGAAGCAUCAGCACCAUGGAGCCAGCAGAUUUAGAUGAUGUCACUGCCGUCAUCCGUUUGCACGUCCCGCAGGCGGAGUUCCUAGAGGUGAUAGGUCAGGAGAUGGUGUAUGUGCUGCCUUACACUGGCUCAAAAGAUGGAAGCUUUGCCUCACUUUUUAAAGAGCUUGAUUUAGAGAAAGUGAGGCUGGGGAUCAGCAGCUACGGAAUCUCGGACACCAGCUUGGAGGAGAUAUUUCUAAAAGUGGCAGAAGAGACAGGAGUUGAUGUGGAAACAAAUGAGAAUGCACCGCCGCUUCAGAGAGACCAGAGGAGAAGCUCUAAAGUGUCCAGAUCACGCAGCAUGAGCUCAGCUAUGGAGCACAAAGCUACUGCAGCUUCUCAACAAAGAGAAAAAAAGGGAAGAUUCUCAAAUCGAGUUGAAGAUGGUCAGCAAUCUGCAGGUGUGAAUGGCAGAGGUUCAUAUGUCAUCACUGGCUGGCCUCUGAUUAGACAUCAGUUUCUGGCGUUGUUUAUAAAGCGAUUUCAUCAUGCAAGAAGAAGCAGGAAAGGAAUCAUUGCACAGGUGGUCCUCCCAGCACUGUUUGUGUGUUUGUCUCUGAUUUUCUCUCUGAUCAUCCCACCGUUCGUUGAGUACCCCAAUCUGGAACUACAACCCUGGAUGUAUGGAAAACCACAGAACACUUUCUACAGUGCUGACAGGACGGAUAUGGACGAGGCAAUGAAGGUAACACGCGCCCUCCUUUCUGAACCAGGCUUUGGCACCCGCUGCAUGGAUGGCAACCCUAUACCUAAAUACCCUUGCACUCCUUCGGGAGCGACAGACUGGUUCACUCCUUCUGUAGACCCCGCCAUCCUCGAGAUCUUCAAAAACGGAAACUGGAGCAUGAAGAAUCCAUCGCCAGAUUGCCACUGCAGCACUCCCGGACGUAAUAUGAUGCUACCAGACUGCCUUCCUGGUGCUGGAGGAUUACCACCACCUCAGAGAACGCAGAACACCACAGAUACCCUGCAGGACCUCACGGGUCGAAAUAUGACUGACUUCCUGCUCAAGAACUAUGCAAAGUCUGGAAAAAUACGGUAUGGAGGGAUCUCAGUUGGAGCUAUAAACUCUCAAGUCAAACUCAACGAAUCUGAGAUCAGUGCACUUAUUUCAGACCUUAAGGCAUUCUUCAACUCCUCGCAGAACAAUAUGACUGAGAAGUUCUUCCAGGACUUGGAGAUCUUACUGUUGGAUCUGGGAACAAAAGACAAUGUAAAAGUGUGGUUCUAUAACCAGGGAUGGCAUGCGGUGGUGUCCUUCCUGAAUGUGGCCAAUAACGCCAUCCUCAGGGGUUAUCUUCCUCCCGGAGUACAACCCAAACUGUACGGCAUCUCAGCCUUUAACCAUCCUCUCAAUCUCACCAAACAACAGCUCACCGCCACAUUGAUGUCAAGCUCUACAGACGUGGUGGUGGCGAUCUGUGUGAUCUUCGCCAUGUCCUUUAUCCCCGCCAGCUUUGUCCUCUUCCUUAUUCAAGAGCGUGUGAGCAAAGCUAAACACCUGCAGUUCGUCAGUGGAGUCAAUCCUACUGCAUACUGGGUGGCCAAUUUCACCUGGGACAUGUGUAAUUACAUCGUCCCAUGUAUCAUCGUGAUCAUCAUCUUCCUCUCCUUCCAACAAAAAGCAUACGUGUCACCUCAGAACCUUCCUGCACUCGUCCUGCUGUUGGUGCUGUAUGGGUGGGCAAUCACCCCGAUGAUGUACCCGGCCUCGUUCGUGUUCAGCGUCCCAAGCACAGCGUAUGUGGUCCUCACUUCCAUCAACCUCUUUAUCGGCAUCAACGGCAGCAUCGCGACCUUCAUCCUGGAGCUGCUCGAUGAUCCGAACAUUACUAAUGUCAAUACCAUUCUAAAGCAAGUGUUGUUGAUCUUCCCUCAUUUCUGUCUGGGUCGUGGCCUCAUCGACAUGGCCAAGAAUCAGGCCAUGGCAACGCUUUUUAUCAGUCUGGGAGAGGAUAGGUUUGAGAAUCCCUUGAGCUGGCAAAUGGUGGGGAAGAACCUGCUUGCUAUGUCGAUACAGGGUGUAGUCAUGUUCGCCUUCACCCUCGUCAUCCAGUACAAGUUCUUCUGUAAACCUAGGUUAGUCACCAGGCUGCCUAGAACGGCAGGAGAAGAGGAUGAAGACGUGGCCCGAGAGCGUGAUCGAGUACAGAGAGGCAGAGCCCAAAAUGAUCUAGUCAGGAUUUGUGACCUUACCAAGGUGUACUCGGGUAAGAAGGUCCCAGCAGUGGACAGGAUAACUGUGGGUGUCCCAGCUGCUGAGUGUUUCGGCCUGCUGGGAAUAAACGGGGCAGGAAAAACCACAACUUUUAAAAUGCUGACUGGAGACAUCCGACCCUCGAGUGGAGAAGCCUUCCUGAGCGGAUACAGCAUCCGUUCAGAGAUGAGCCAGGUCCAUCAGCACAUGGGUUACUGUCCUCAGUUUGAUGCCAUUGAUGACCUCCUAACAGGACGAGAGCAUCUGGAGUUCUACGCACGCCUCCGGGGGGUGCCAGAGAGAGAGGUCACCAAGGUAGCGGAGUGGGGGAUACAGAAACUGGGUCUGGUGAAAUACUCGAACAAAUCCGCUGGUACCUACAGCGGAGGAAACAAACGCAAGCUGUCCACUGCCAUGGCUCUGAUUGGCUGCCCUCCUGUCGUCUUUCUGGACGAGCCGACCACGGGCAUGGAUCCUAAAGCUCGCCGUUUCCUUUGGGACUGUAUCCUCAGUGUGAUCAAGGAAGGUCGUUCAGUCAUCCUUACUUCACACAGUAUGGAGGAGUGUGAGGCUCUGUGCACUCGGAUGGCCAUCAUGGUCAACGGUCAGUUUAAAUGUCUGGGCAGCAUUCAGCAUCUGAAGAGCAGGUUUGGAGACGGAUACACGGUGAUCGUGCGUGUCAGAGGCGAUCUGAGCACAGUCGAGGAGUUUGUAACUCAGACUUUUCCCGGCAGUGUGUUGAAAGAGAAACACCACAACACGCUGCAGUACCAGAUGCCCCACCAAGAGGGCGCUCUCUCGCAUAUCUUCAGCCAGUUUUGCAAAAAUCAAAAUGAUCUGGGAGUGGAAGACUACUCAGUCUCUCAAACCACACUGGAUCAGGUGUUCGUAAAUUUUGCCCGACAGCAGCACGAUGCUGAAGACGGCGUCUACGAGAAUACUGUAGAUCUGAAUGAUGAAAUACCAAUGCAGUCUCAGAACCAUACUGUACACAGCAAGUAACAGCGGAGUAAUUAAGUAAAGAGAAUGACCUCACCCUCAUUAAAUAAAAAAACAAAGAAAUAAAUAUUCUUUAUAGGAGUUCUCAGGAAUUUAAUAGAAAAUAUGUUUAUAUAUUUUGGAUUGUUUAAAAAAUUUUUAUCCUUUUUUUAAAUGCACGAGACAAUUAUUUAAAGAAACUGAAAGUUACGCUCUAAGCUUUAACUUUUAGGCUGUAACGUGAAAUAUGCUGAACAGAAACAUGCCAAAAAAAAGACUUGAAUGACAAUGUACAGAAAGUCUCGAGCCAACCCACAUUUCUUCAUAUUAAUUCUUUUUUUUUACAUGCAAGAAAUGGGGGGAAAAAAUUCAUGCGACAGGCUGCCUGAAGCUACAAUAUUAUAAUUGGUUGAACAUGUAACCUCAGCAGCGUCCUCAUUUCCCUUCUCGUCACUUCCCCUCUGUUCCAACCACUUAUCAUCUUUCACCAUCUCCACCUGUUUCACACUGCACUCACUGGCUUUUUAAAUAGUUUUUUUUAUGCUUGAAUGAUUCAUAUGUCACUGUGUGGCUAAACAAACAGAAAACAUACCUCUGAAACUGAUCAGGUACAGGGACUAGACUAAAAAUGACAGACAAAACUGGCCACCUCAAGACUACAUAAAAAAAAAAAUACAAGAAAGUCAGGAUCUUUGGGAAAUAUGAAGACAUGUGGGGGCUCAAUACUUUUGCACAGUACUGUAUACUGUACAUUCAUGAAUAAUAUAUGACCAAUUUUUAGUGAGGUGCCUUUGAUGUCUGUGCCGUAAAGUCAUCCAGGAUAAAAAAUAUUGCCAACAAUGUACCAUCAACAAUUUUCCUUAGAAAUGUUUCUUCUUGGAAUAUAAACAUCACCACCAUCAUCAUCGUCAGCAGCAUCUUCAUUUUUUUUCCCCAAUGGACCAAAGUGCAAUAUUAAUAUAAAUAUUACAGUUAUAGACAUCACUCCUAAAUCUAUUUUUCUAUUUAACAUAAAGUUUAUGUUUGUUGUAUGUUUGUUUGUUCAAUUCUUGUAGCACAUUGUAUCAUGUAAUCAUGCAUUUUUAUGGCAAAUGUGAAUGGUAAACCUUUUUGUAAUUUGGUUACUAAAAAAAUUGUAUAAACUUUAACAGUCUAUCAUAAUGAUCAAAUGGAGCUGUGCAAAUGAAAUAAACAAAAUCAUACAUUCAA